GCGAAAUGAGGCUUCAAGGUGGCGGCCUUGCCAAGGAUCGUCAGUAUUUGCCACAAAUCUUAACGGCGUUGGCCAUAUUGGUUGUUGCUAAUGUAGUGUCGGCAGACCCUUAUGUAUACUCUUCUCCACCACCUCCGAUGUAUGAGUAUAAGUCAACACCACCUCCUUCUCCUUCUCCGCCACCACCUUACGUGUACAAAUCUCCACCUCCUCCCUCACCUUCUUCCCCGCCUCCAUAUGUUUAUAAAUCACCUCCGUCCCCUUCUCCAUCACCACCUCCACCAUAUGUGUAUAAGUCUCCACUGCCUCCAUCACCAUCACCACCUCCACCAUAUGUAUAUAAGUCUCCACCGCCUCCCUCACCAUCUCCACCUCCACCGUAUGUGUAUAAGUCUCCACCACCUCCAUCGCCAUCUCCACCUCCACCAUAUUACUACAAGUCUCCUCCUCCACCAUCACCUUCACCACCACCUCCGUAUUACUACAAGUCUCCACCUCCACCUUCACUAUCACCUCCACCACCAUACUAUUAUAAAUCUCCACCACCUCCUUCACCAUCACCACCCCCACCAUAUUAUUAUAAGGCUCCACCGCCACCUUCUCCUUCACCUCCUUCACCAUAUUAUUACAAAUCUCCACCACCUCCUUCACCUUCUCCUCCACCACCUUAUUACUACAAGUCUCCUCCACCUCCAUUUCCAUCACCACCACCACCAUAUUAUUACAAGUCUCCUCCUCCACCAUCCCCAUCACCACCCCCACCAUACUACUACAAGUCUCCACCACCACCUACUAAAUCACCUCCUCCCCCGUACUAUUACAAUUCUCCACCACCACCAAUGAAGUCUCCCCCUCCACCAUCUCCAUACUACUAUAAAUCUCCUCCACCUCCAUCACCGACUUAUUCCCCACCACCACCAUCACCUUCUCCUCCACCUCCUUAUUACUACAAGUCUCCUCCACCACCAUCACCAUCUCCUCCUCCACCAUACUAUUACAAGUCCCCACCACCACCAUCGUCAUCACCUCCACCACCCUACUACUACAGGUCUCCUCCUCCUCCAUCACCAUCUCCCCCUCCACCAUACUAUUACAAGUCUCCACCACCACCAUCACCAUCACCUCCACCACCCUACUACUACAAGUCUCCUCCUCCACCGUCCCCGUCACCUCCCCCACCCUACUACUACAAGUCACCACCACCACCUUCACCAUCUCCUCCACCACCCUACUACUACAAGUCUCCUCCUCCACCAUCACCAUCUCCUCCACCACCUUACUACUACAAGUCUCCUCUUCCUUUAUCGCCUUCUCCCCCUCCACCAUACUACUACAAGUCACCACCACCACCUUCCCCAUCUCCUCCACCACCCUACUACUACAAGUCUCCUCCUCCACCAUCCCCGUCACCUCCCCCACCCUACUACUACAAAUUUCAAUUUGAUGCACAAAAUAAAGAAUGGUUUCUUGAGGGAAAGAUUCAAACUCCAAUGGCAGAAAUCAAUUAG